AUAAAGUGCGGUAAAAAUACAAAAAAUGAAAUGGCAUAGUUCAAAUCAAUAAAUUCUUGAUUUUAAGUGUAUAGUUGAUAUUCGUAACGAAAUUAAAAUAAGGUGCUCUUGCCGCAGAAAAUGUGGAGCGUGUUUACAUUGUCUUGUACAUUUAUGAUUGUGAAUAUAAUUACAGUUACAGAUCUACCUGGGUCUACUGCAACGACCACAACUAUAACUACUGUCAAUGAUUUUACGACAAUCACAUUACCUACAACUACUUUUCCCGAUUAUAUAGCAACGGCAUCAACUCAGUCGACAAUUGCAUCUCACUCAACUCCGGUUGAAACAACAGUAGCAUCAACACAGGAGGCAACGACAUUAGCUAUAACAACUUCUCCCAUUGAAUCCACAACGGCAUCAUCUUUUGAGACAACAAUAUUAGAUAUAAUGUCUUCUCCGGUUGAAACAGGAACAACAUCAACUCAGGCGACAACACCAUUAGUUUUAAGUAAUGUUCCCGAUGAAACAUUGUUAGUAUCUCAGGAGUCAACCCAAUUAGCUAUCAGUUCUUUUUGGGUGGAAACAUUAAUAGCGUCAACUCAGCUGGCGACAACAUUGUCUAUAACUAGUUUUCCCUUUUCUCCCGUUGAAACAACAACGGCAUCACCUUUUGAGACAACAAGAUUAUAUAUUAUAUCUUCUCCGGUUGAAACAAAAACAACAUCAACUCAGGCGACAACACCAUUAACUUUAACUAAUGUUCCCGAUGAAACAUUGUUAGUAUCUCGGUCAACCCAAUUAGCUAUCAGUUCUUUUUGGGUGGAAACAACAAUAUCGUCAACUCAGCUGGCGGCAACAUUGUCUAUAACUACUUCUCCCGUUUCGACGACGACGGUAUCAACUCAGGAGACAACGACAUCAUCUUUAAUAUCAAUUCAGAAGACAACUACAUCAGCUUUAACUACUUAUCCCGAUGUUACGACACCGGUAUCAACUCAGGAGACAACGACAUCAGCUUUAACUACUUCUCCCGAUGUUACGACAGCGGUAUCACCUCAGGAGACAACGACAUCAGAUUUUUAUACUUCUCCCGAUGUUACGACAACGGUAUCAACUCAAGAGACAACGACAUCAGCUUUAACUACUUCUCCCGAUGUUACGACAACGGUAUCAACUCAGGAGACAACGUUAUCAGCUUUAACUACUUCUCCCGAUGUUACGACACCGGUAUCAACUCAGGAGACAACAACAUCAGAUUUAAAUACUUCUCCCGAUGUUACGACAACGGUAUCAACUCAGGAGACAACAACAUUCGCUUUAACUACUUCUCCCGAUGUAACGACAACGGUAUCAACUCAGGAGACAACAACAUCAGCUUUAACUUAUUCUCCCGAUGUAACGACAACGGUAUCAACUCAGGAGACAACGACAUUCGCUUUAACUACUUCUCCCGAUGUUACGACAGCGGUAUCACCUCAGGAGACAACAACAUCAGAUUUAACUACUUCUCCCGAUGUUACGACAACGGUAUCAACUCAGGAGACAACGACAUUCGCUUUAACUACUUCUCCCGAUGUAACGACAACGGUAUCAACUCAGGAGACAACGACAUUCGCUUUAACUACUUCUCCCGAUGUUACGACAGCGGUAUCACCACAAGAGACAACGACAUCAGCUUUAAAUACUUCUCCCGAUGUAACGACAACGGUAUCAACUCAGGAGACAACGACAUUCGCUUUAACUACUUCUCCCGAUGUUACGACAGCGGUAUCACCACAAGAGACAACGAAAUCAGCUUUAACUACUUCUCCCGAUGUAACAACAACGGUAUCAACUCAAGAGACAACGACAUCAGCUUUAACUACUUCUCCCGAUGUUACGACAGCGGUAUCACCUCAGGAGACAACGACAUCAGAUUUAAAUACUUCUCCCGAUGUUACGACAACGGUAUCAACUCAGGAGACAACGACAUCAGCUUUAACUACUUCUCCCGAUGUAACAACAGCGGUAUCAACUCAAGAGACAACGACAUCAGCUUUAACUACUUCUCCCGAUGUAACGACAACGGUAUCACCUCAGAAGACAACAACAUCAGCUUUAACUACUUCUCCCGAUGCGACGACAACGAUAUCACUUCAGGAAACCACGACAUCAGCUUUAACUACUUCUCCCGAUGUAACAACAACGUUAUCAACUCAGGAGACAACGACAUCAGCUUUAACUACUUCUCCCGAUGUUACGACAGCGGUAUCAACUCAGGAGACAACGACAUCAGCUUUAACUACUUUUCCCGAUGUUACGACAGCGGUAUCAACUCAGGAGACAACGACAUCAGAUUUAAAUACUUCUCCCGAUGUUACGACAACGGUAUCAACUCAGGAGACAACGACAUCAGCUUUAACUACUUCUCCCGAUGUAACAACAACGGUAUCAACUCAAGAGACAACGGCAUCAGCUUUAACUACUUCUUCCGAUGUUAUGAUAACGGUAUUACCGCAGGAGACAAUGACAUCAGCAUUUACUACUUCUCCUGAUGUUACGAAAACGUUUACAACUCAGGAGACAACGACAUCAGCUUUAACUACUGCAAAGGAUGUUACAACAACACACUAUUUAGAAACUAAAACUGCAGUACAACUUACAACGUCAUCGCCUCUGAAGACUACAACAUCUACAAAAGUUGUAACAGCUUAUUGUUCAGAAGGGAUAUUAAACAAUAUAACAUGGUCACAAAUAGCAGCUGGAGAAAAAGACACACAAAAAUGUCAUCCUGGGUAUACAGGUAAUGCCUUUCGAACAUGCAACGACAACGGUGAUUGGGAAGACCCGGUGUAUAUAGAAUGUGUUAAUAUGGUACUUCAUGAAACAUCAGAAGCGGUAAAUAGUCUUAGAAAUAUCACUGAUCCUGUUAAGGUAGCAGAAGGUAUAUCUGGCGUACUGGAUAUUGUAGAUACUGCUAUAGGGAAAGAAAAUCCUCCUACAUCUGGAGAUUUGAAACAUACUACUAACAUCCUGACUGACAUUAUAGACAUAGGAACAGCAGCAAAUGCGUCUGUGGAUUCCGAGAAAUUCGGAGAAGUUCUAAAUUCUAUAUUGGAUACAGAUAAUAGCGGUAGCUGGAAUGAAGUUAAUGCGGAGGACCAAUCCGACGAAGGUGCAUCAAAAAUAAUGGGAAUAGUAGAUAGUCUAGGUAGUCUCGUUCAACAGAGUUUACUACCUAAUCAAACCAUAACCAUUAUCAAAACAAACUUAGUUAUAGAGGUUUCAACUUUGACGAAGAACCUUACUUUCCCGCCAGAUUCAAAUUCGAUGUCAAAAUUAAUUCUUGCAAACCAACCAUCUCUUCAAGAUACUUUUUACACAGCGGCCCUCUACAGAACAUUGUCCGGUAUACUUCCAACAACGCCCAAUAGAUCAGUUGGUUCUGACGUGAUUUCGGUAUCUUUUGGCCAAGCUAUUGACAUCUUAAAAGAAAAUAUUACAAUCAGAUUUGAGCAAAAUAAAAAGGUGACAUUCACAGAUCCCAAGAUAUCGUGUGGAUAUUGGAACUUCAGUGCUAGAAGUUGGGCUAAUAGCGGAUGUUAUCUCAAACAGACUGAAUCUAAUGUUUCUACAUGCACAUGCAAUCAUUUAACUAAUUUUGCCAUAUUGAUGAGCCCUAGUGAUUUUGAAAUUACAGAAUUACACCAGAGAGCCUUGGAAAUUAUCACUUUUGUUGGUUGUGGACUAUCAAUAUUAGGGUGUACUCUUACCCUCAUUACUUACUAUAUAUUCUGGAGGUAUGUUAAAAAUGAAUGGACUGUUAUUUUAUCGAAUAUGUGUGUAGUAUUGAUCAUUGGAUAUUCCGUUUUCUUAAGUUCUACAAACGUCACAGACAAUGAGAUUGCUUGUAUUAUAGUAACAGCUGUUCUACAUUACGUGUUUUUGGUUGUAUUCUUCCUUAUGUUAUGUGAAGGAAUAUCAGUAGCUAGAUCUGUCACCGUUGUCUUCAAGAGAAAAUCUGAAGUACGUUUUUAUUUACCAUUUGCUUGGGGCGUUCCAUUCGUGAUUGUAGGAAUAACUAUCGGAGUAACGCGCCUUAAAGGCUAUCAUUCAGAAAAAUAUUGCUGGCUUAGCACAAAUAAUUUUGUAUUUAUGGCCUUUGUUGGACCUGCUCUACUUAUUAUACUGAUUAAUAUAGUAAUAAUACAUGUUGUAUUAAAAGCUAUCUAUUCUACAAAUGCAAUGAUGAACGAAAGAAUAAAGAAAAAAGUCAGAGCGGGUGUUAAAUGUAUGGCUGUAUUAAUACCAGUAUUAGGAUUGUCAUGGUUAUUUGGAAUUCUGGCAUAUAAUGAAGAUACUAUCAUAUUUCAGUAUUUAUUUGGUAUUUCUACUUCCCUCCAGGGAUUUAUUAUAUUUAUAAGAGAUGCAGUUUCAAAUAAAAAGUUACACGAAGGAAUCAGGAGAGCGAUGCAUAGAUAUAGAUCAAACUCGAUGUUAAAAGCUAGCAGUAAAACACAGUCUUCUGGUGUACAGAACAGAUUUGAUUUGAAAGGUAGCCAAAUGAGUGCAGAUGAAUAUCCAUACACCACACCAAUGAGGGCUCAUCUGAAGACGCGGACUUUUAUUUAAAUGUACAAUAUACAUCAAAAUUUGUUUCAAUGAAAGAAAAAGAAUAGUUGCGUUCACCAAACAAUUGUCAAACUUAUGCAUGUACAAUGCAAUAAAUAUAAAACUAAAAUUUGAUGACAUUUAAUGAAACUACUGACUGUCGUAUGUUCUAAGUAGUCAAUAAUGGGUCUUAAGAUAUUUGUUCGUGGAUGAUAUUUGUUGAAUGUUAGUACUUAACAAUUAUUCUAGUUACAAUUUAUUAAGUUAAUCAUUAGAAGAAAUCACCAACAGUAGCUGAGAGACGUACAUCAAAAGGGCUUAUUAAAAAGAAAAAAACUAUGAAUUAGUUCGUAAGAAACUUUGAAUACUGUUUGCAAAAUAUCUUGGUAUAUAUUUCAGACAUGUAUAUGUGUA